CCUUCUCCUCCCUCACAGGCGCGCACCCGGUGACGUCACGAGCGCCAUAUUGGACGGCGGCUUUCUAGUCCUCGCUGCCGAAGGGGCUUCCGUUGCCAGGCUGAGACCGGGGACGAGGAGGCGCCGAUAGAGCGCGGGGCCGAGGCCGGGCUACAGGCGGGCUCUGGAGGAAGAGGUGGCGGUGGUGUUGCCAGGAAACCUUUCACCCCUUCCGGCCAUGGACGUCGACCGGCUCCAGGAGGCUCUGAAAGAAUUUGAGAAGAAAGGAAAGAAAGAAGCAAAUCCAGAACUGGAUCAGUUUCUUUGCCAUGUGGCGAAAACUGGGGAGACCAUCGUUCAAUGGCUCCAGUUUAAGGAUUACUUCAUGUAUAAGCUAGAGAAGGUUAUGGAUGAUUUCCGGACAGCUGCUCCAGAGCCCAGAGGUCCUCCCAAUCCAAAUGUGGAAUAUAUCCCCUUUGAUGAGAUGAAGGAUAGAAUACUCAAGAUUGUUACUGGUUUUAAUGGGACCCCAUUCACUAUUCAGCGACUCUGUGAGCUUGUCACCGACCCCCGGAGGAAUUACACAGGGACAGACAAGUUUCUUAGAGGAGUAGAAAAGAAUGUUAUGGUGGUUAGCUGUGUGUACCCUUCUUCCGAGAAAAACAAUUCACCAAGCCUGAAUCGGAUGAACGGAGUGAUGUUUCCAGGGAACUCCCAAAAUUACACUGACAGAUCAAACAUAAAUGGUCCAGGCACCCCACGACCACUGAGCAAAUCUAAGCUGUCCUUAUCGAGCCCCACUACAUCGAACGGUUUACCUGAUGGCGCUGAGAAUAAAGACUCUGAUGUGCCUCAGAAAGACAAAAGUCACAGCGACUCCCUGUCACCUGAUGAUGAGAGUUCUCCUUCAAGCACUGUGAAGAAUAAACACUUGGAGGAAGACCCCACAGAGGAGCACGAGGUGAAGAGGCUGAAGUUUGACACCGAGGACGAAGAGGAGGAGCAGGCUGCCAAAUCGGAGACCUCAUCCAGCCAGACUUCCAGUGAAAUGGCUGAAGAAGCUGAAUCUGUAUCUGAAAGUGAUGAGAAGGAAGAGGAGGAGGAGGAAGAAGAAAAAGAGAGCAGUGAUUCGGAGCAUGCUGCAGAAGAAUCAUUGAUGACACCAAGCGAGACCACAGCAGAAAUCUCUGACAAGCAAACCAGCGAAUCUGAAACUGUGAGCAACUCGGAGGAGGAAGAGGAGGAGUCUCUUCAAAUGGAGGAAUCGGGACAUUGUGAGGCAGAGAGCGAUUUGCACAGCGAUGGCGAGGAGGCUGCAACGGCAGAGAGCGCGCCUGACACAAGUAAAGCUGACACUGAAUGCAGUGACACUGAGCAGCCGGGAACUUUUGAGAAGUCCCCUGAAAUCCCUGCAGAAACCCCCAUGGAAAACAGCGAGGAAGCCACAGAUGUAGCAGACGAACCCAUGGAACAAGACUAACUACAACAACACUUCAUAGACACAGUAUUUUCCCAACAGUUCUGUUUUUACACUGUAAACAAAUUUUACCUAAAUAAAGUGGACCUUUAGUUUUACAAAAAAAAAAGAAAAAUAACAGCAGGUUGUGAAAAGUCAGAUUUUUUUUUCUGGAAUCAGAAACGAGCUUUAUUCACCACCCCCCCCCCCCAUUUCCCCUUCCUUCCCUCCUGUGUCAGAACUGUGAAAACCCUUCAGGUUCUGUUUACCACUGACUUGUUGGUUUUGGUCAAAUCAGUGGUUUGUGUAUAGAUGUUUUUUUAUUAAUUUCGAAGAGGUUUUUAAACUGGAAGGUUAUAAUUUUGACGACCCUUUUUCAAGGUUUCAACAUUUUGGUUAAAAAUUAAAAAGGAAAAAAAAACUAUGGCGUCUCGUCCUGUGUCAUUUAAGUUCAUUUCAGCAAAGCUCGAACCAUAAUUAAGGUGAUCUAUUCUGUUGAAAAAGAAAAACUAUAUAAGCUAGAAGUUUUGGGUCCCCUUGUUUUCUUUUGGCAAUAAAUGUUCUAGAUUGAAAUUCCAUAAGUCCUUGUUUUUCUCAUUUUAUAAAGUCUACUUUUUUUUUUUUUUUUUGCUAUCACAUGACUGAAGCGGCCAUUUUGCGUGCAAAGCCACUUUUUUUUAGUCUUCGCCGAUCUGAUCUUCAAGGAUUAGUCGUACUCCUGGCGAUUCCGUGAACAGAUUUUGUUAACUGCAGAUUGACUGCUUUGUAUACAGCUCUGGUCUAAAUUCUAGUCCAAAAAAUGGCUUCCCCUGAGGUGCUCGCAACAUUUAUACUUUAAAACACCAUGCAGAGAAUCUCCUAAAGGAGAUAAAAUGGUGCAAAUUUUUAACAUUCCAAGAGACUGAACCACCAUUAUUUUUUUUUUAUCAUGAUUUUUUUUUUUAUUUAUGGGGGGAAGAAGAAACUUUCUAUAUCCUGCGCUUGAAGCAAACAGGUCUUUGUAAGGUGGAUACUUGCUGGCCUGGAUGAAAAAUAACACACAGAAAAGGGUACUUAUUUUUUUUUUUUGUUGCUUGAAUCUUGAAUUUCUUGACUACAAAAUAACUUGUUUAUCCAAGAUGAUACUGUUGUAUGCAAUGACAUUGCAAAGUUGUUCAGCUGUAUUGAGAGAGAGAGAUAAUAUAUUUACGUGUGAACUUGGACUGAAUGACUGAAGUUCCUGCAUUGCGUUGAAAACGCCAUGAUUUGUAUUUUUGAAGUGAGCUGAAAUUCAUUUUUUUUCUUUCUCUCCCUCAAAACUUCGCCUUCUAACAGCCAGUGAAUUUAAUGCCCUUUGACCUUCUCAUAGCACAAUUCCUGCUGUUUUAACACCUUUGCCAUCCAGACUGAUGACCGGUCUCCGCCUCACGAUCGAUGGCUGUCGAGUUUCUACCUGUUUCUUCAACUGAAUAGCUUUUUUGAUAUAUAGAAUUUUUAAAUUUCGGUAAAAGUAGAUUUUGUAGAAUGUAACGAGUGUUCACUGCCUUUUGUGGAGCGUUCUUUAAUUGUAUAAUUUCUGUGUGUACAUCUGAUUGCUUUGGGCUUUCAAUACAGUAUUCAUAUGAAGCAAUAAAUAUUUAUGUUAUAAGA